AUGCCGCCGAACCCCAAUUGGGACAAGUACGUUGCUCCCGACGAGGACGAAGUCAAGGAUGACAUCGUGCCUCUUUCCGAAGGCGACAUCCAGGUGCUCAAAACUUACGGCGCCGCCCCCUACCUGGCACUGCUCAAGGAGCUCGAAAAGGACUUGAAGGAGAUCGAAGAGCGGAUCAAGGAACUGAUCGGUAUCAAAGAGCUGGACACCGGUCUUGCGCCUCCCCAGCUUUGGGACGUGAUGCGUGAUAAACAGAGAAUGAGUGAAGAACUGCCGUUGCAAGUUGCCCGGUGCACCAAGAUCAUCGAGGCUGCCCCCAGAGAAGGCGGGUUGCCGACACUGCAUCUGAUGCUCAACGCCGACAACCGUGCCAAGUAUGUCAUCAACAUCAAGCAGAUUGCUAAGUUCGUCGUUGGUUUGGGUGACUCGGUGUCGCCCACCGAUAUUGAAGAAGGCAUGCGUGUUGGGGUUGACCGUCACAAGUACCAAAUCAGACUUCCCCUUCCGCCCAAGAUCGACCCCAGUGUCACUAUGAUGACUGUUGAAGAGAAGCCCGACGUUACCUAUAGCGAUAUUGGUGGUUGUAAAGAGCAAAUUGAAAAGUUGCGUGAAGUGGUGGAAUUGCCGUUGUUGCUGCCGGAACGGUUCGUCAAGCUUGGUAUUGACCCGCCUAAGGGUAUUCUUCUCUACGGUCCCCCCGGUACUGGUAAGACUCUUUGCGCUAGAGCAGUUGCUAACCGUACUGAUGCCACCUUUAUCAGAGUUAUUGGUUCUGAAUUAGUACAAAAGUACGUGGGUGAGGGGGCGAGAAUGGUGCGUGAAUUGUUCGAAAUGGCACGUACUAAGAAAGCCUGCAUCAUCUUCUUUGAUGAAGUUGAUGCCAUUGGUGGGGCCAGAUUUGACGAUGGCGCCGGUGGUGACAACGAAGUGCAAAGAACCAUGUUGGAAUUGAUUACUCAGCUUGAUGGUUUCGAUGCCAGAGGUAACAUCAAGGUGAUGUUUGCCACUAAUAGACCCAAUACUUUAGACCCGGCGUUGUUGCGUCCAGGAAGAAUUGACCGUAAGGUUGAAUUCUCGCUUCCCGACCUUGAAGGCCGGGCCAACAUCUUCCGCAUUCAUUCAAAAACGAUGCUGGUGGAAAAGGACAUCCGGUGGGAGUUGAUUUCGCGGUUGUGUCCCAACGCCACCGGGGCCGAAUUGCGCUCGGUGUGUACUGAAGCCGGUAUGUUUGCCAUCCGGGCCCGGAGGAAGGUCGCCAACGAAAAGGACUUUUUGAAGGCGGUGGACAAGGUCAUCAAGGGUAACUUGAAGUUCAGCUCCACGUCCCAGUACAUGCAAUAUAACUAG